UAAACCAGAGGAUACCCGGAGCCUUGCCUUACCUACUCCCUUGAGCCAUCUUUCUCCCUCCCCUCAUCAAACCCGCCGUUAACACUAUCACAGUCAACCCCUUCAUCCUCCACCCACCCCCACACGCCCCCCGCGGCCACCUAACGUCUCCCAUUGAUAACCGCCUCAUAAAACGCCUGUGUUUUCAUCACUUCACCUCCCUCCCUCUCUCUCUCGCUCUCUCUAUAAAGAGAGAGUUUACAUACUCACCUUUCGAUCACAACUACUACGCCCAAAUGGAUCUCCUCCUACUAGAAAAAACCCUCCUAGGCCUCUUCGCCGCCACGCUACUCGCCAUCGCCGUCUCCAAGCUCCGCGGCAAGCGGUUCAAACUCCCUCCCGGACCCAUACCCGUGCCCGUAUUCGGAAACUGGCUCCAAGUGGGGGACGACUUGAACCACCGCAACCUGACCGAGUUAGCCAAGAAGUUCGGCCAGAUACUCCUCCUCCGCAUGGGCCAGCGCAACCUGGUCGUGGUCUCCUCCCCGAACCUCGCCAAGGACGUCCUCCACACCCAAGGCGUCGAGUUCGGGUCCCGCACCCGGAACGUCGUCUUCGAUAUAUUCACCGGGAAGGGACAGGACAUGGUGUUCACCGUCUACGGCGAGCACUGGAGGAAGAUGAGGCGGAUCAUGACCGUCCCUUUUUUUACUAACAAGGUUGUGCAGCAGAACCGGUUCGGGUGGGAGGACGAGGCGGGCCGGGUGGUGGAGGACGUGAGGAAGAACCCGGAGGCGGCGACGAAUGGGAUGGUGUUGAGGAGGCGGUUGCAGCUGAUGAUGUACAACAACAUGUACAGGAUUAUGUUUGAUAGGAGGUUCGAGAGCGAGGAGGAUCCGUUGUUUGUGAAGCUCAAGGCGUUGAAUGGGGAGAGGAGUAGGUUGGCUCAGAGCUUUGAGUAUAACUAUGGGGAUUUCAUUCCGGUUCUGAGGCCCUUCUUGAGGGGGUACUUGAAGGUUUGCAAGGAUGUGAAGGAGAGGAGGUUGAAGCUGUUCAAGGAUUAUUUUGUUGAUGAGAGGAAGAAGUUAGGAAGCAGGAAGAGCAUGGACAGCAAUGGCAAAUGUGCGAUGGAUCAUAUUUUGGAUGCCCAAAAUAAAGGAGAGAUCAAUGAGGACAAUGUUCUUUACAUUGUUGAGAACAUCAACGUGGCUGCAAUUGAGACAACAUUAUGGUCAAUAGAAUGGGGCGUUGCAGAGCUAGUCAACAACCCUCACAUCCAGAACAAGCUCCGAAACGAGCUCGACACCGUGUUGGGCCCUGGAGUCCAAAUCACCGAGCCAGACAUCGAAAAGCUUCCCUACCUCCAAGCCGUAGUCAAAGAGACUCUCCGCCUCCGGAUGGCGAUUCCCUUACUAGUCCCCCACAUGAACCUCCACGAUGCAAAGCUAGGUGGGUACGAUAUCCCCGCAGAGAGCAAAAUCUUGGUAAACGCGUGGUGGCUUGCCAACAACCCCGACAAUUGGAAGAACCCUGAGGAGUUCAGGCCGGAGAGGUUUUUUGAAGAGGAGUCUAAGGUGGAGGCCAAUGGAAACGACUUUAGGUACCUUCCGUUUGGUGUAGGUAGGAGGAGCUGCCCUGGAAUUAUCCUGGCUUUGCCUAUUCUUGGCAUCACUUUGGGUCGUUUGGUCCAGAAUUUCGAUCUCUUGCCUCCUCCAGGACAAUCAAAGAUAGACACUGCAGAGAAGGCCGGGCAAUUCAGCUUGCAGAUUAUGAAGCAUUCUAUCAUUGUUCUGAAACCGAUAUCAUUUUGAAUUGUAUCUUAACUGUGCGCGCAUGUGUUUCCACUAUGGGGUUCAGAACACAAAAAGCAUUUGGUUUUGGAAAGUUUAAUUCAUAAGUUUUCAGUGACUGUUCUUCUCGCUA